CCUUUGUUAGCUCGCUGCCCUUUUGCGCUCGGCUCGAACUGGCCAAUCACGUUCUGCAACGAGUGGAAACGCCGCGCGCCAUUGCCGAGGCGUGCGUGGAGAUUUGCGUUGUGCUCGAUCGUACACGUAGGUUUGGUUGUGUGUUUGUGCCCGGCGCCGCUGACUCUUCUCACAAGCGACGUCCACCUCCCGGGCUCGGGGUCUCGGAACAGCGACCAGUGCUCGAGCGCCCCAGGGCCGGGACCCAGCUACUGGCAGAUCCUGAAUAAAUAUCGUUCUUUCCACAUAACACAUUGACAUGCUCUGUCUCCUUUGAUUUGUGUUGUGUUGUAUUUUGGCCGCCUUAUCUGACCUUCCGAAGUGGCAGGAAGGCGUUGUGCCCAGCAAGGAAAUGAACCACCCGAUAUCGCGACGGAGUUCGCGCCGCAGGCCAAUUUGUGUAGGCAGUUCAUUCCUUGCCGAGAUGUUGCUAGUGACAUUGCUGGCGUUCGCACAAUGCAGUUUGCCGACGGCCGUGCAUGGCCUGGGUGUCCCGUACAGUCUGGUGGUGCUCGGACACGACGACCUCGUCAACGACAAGACUGUUCGCAUAUGGGACUCGGACGACAGCACCUGCUUUUCAAUGCCUUCGGAGCUGAACGAAACGAUGGCGUCCGUGCGGCUUUUCCUCGACCCACCAAUAGACGUCGGCCUCGUACGAGUCGUGUCAGAACCACAGCCAAAUGUUGUUUACUACCUCCUUGAGGACAACAGCAAUGGAUUCCCAACAGCUGAGAAAGAUGACUUGGAAGGCAAUGUCUGGAUCUACGGCGGAGAGCUUUCAGCCAAGGUCCGUGGUGUCGACAUACACAGUGUAACAGAACUGUGCGAAGUGUCCAUAUUUAACAUCAGCGACAAGAUAGACAAGAUAGAUCUUUUGCCACGGGCUUCAGGGCGCACAGCAGCUUCUCGACAACCAGUGACCGCUGGGAAACUUUCGUGGCGGCUUAUUUUAUAUGCCACGCUGCCAGUAAUGGCCGUUGCAGCAAUACUGGCAACAGUACUUUUCUGGAAAAGGCGAAAAGUCCCCUGCCUCCAUGCCAGCUACAGUGUCCGAACUACACCCAGCGAAACGGCAAGGUAGACGACCCCUGCCAUUAACACCGGACGAAGAGGAGGACGACAUGCUCGCAUUUGACACCAGCGACACGGCAGCUCUCUUCCAUAGCCGCAUUUCCGGCCAACCCGAAUGGACUCGAUCACAGAGGAACGGCCAUGAUGCCGGCCGACAUCGUGGCUCAAAUCCCGACAUCAUAUCCGACCUCACAUUUGUCAACCACUUGCUGGAAGCGUCACACGAAUAUGCCACACUGGAGCCUCCCUCAGAAAGGGACUCCGAUGCUAAACACCGAGAUGUGUGAGGCACAAAAAAAACUAGGGGCCCUUCAUGACAUGUUUGAGUUGCACUAAAGGGACAAUAAGGAAAAAUAUUACAUCAAUCUAGGCUGGAAGGUUAUUGUUUUAAGGUUCUAUUUGCAUUACUUAGGCGAGAGAGAGUUUAUAAUUUAAUGGAAAAAAAUUAAGGUUGAGCUUCUCUUUCAAUUUCAUGCUAAAGACCACGGUGCUGGUGACGUCCCAAAUUUCACUCCAGCUUUCUCACAAUUUACUUAUUUUAUGCUGGAGAAGCUUCCAAUGUGGCCAGAUUUAGCCUUUGCUUUCUUUUGAAUGUAGUGUUAGUGCCAUUGGUUGACAAACAAAAAGGUAGCCUUAACCAGAUGCUACAAGAAUCUAUGGCAUCGUAAGAAGUUGCUUCAGGAAAUUCGAGGUGGUGUCACCAUCCGUGUUCAGCUUCAUCAUCCUUUCUGGCUUACAGUCUCGGACCACAGUGAAAUUCCUCUAUUUGGUAUUCCUCAUGUGCGACCUACCAACCUAUUUCAGCUUAGUAUUCCUCUAUAGUGUCGUUUUAAAGGGUCCCUAACAGCACUUGCUUGAAAAUUUAGUCCUCAAUUGGCCUGUCCAAGUGCCAAUAAAUAUUUUGACAAAGCAAUCUUGUUUAAAUGUUGCUAUGACUUCUGAAUGAUGGGUGUACAGAGUAAUAAAAUUACUCUCUCGGCUCUCUUUACAACAGAGCUCCUUUUUCUUUUUCUUCUUGAUUUUACUACUUACUGGCAGCAUUGCAUUCCCAACCACUCCUAUGUUUUCACCUGGGCGCGUAUUCACAAAAAGCUGCUACGCUAGAAUUGUUCGUAAGAAAAAAAUUCCAGCCAAUUCUGAUAUUGGACAUAUAUUAGCAAGGUGACCUGCCAAUGGCAGAGAACACUUACGAACGCAAAUUUUUAAAAAUUUGACCCCUGAUCUCAUUGCCUACAUUGUACCAAUAACGUUAUCAGCAUCGCCCCCCAUCUCCUCUUGACUUUCCCGCAACCAUAACCAAGUACUGUGAUUGUGGCAGCAAAGCUGGCAUAACAGACUAUGUGUGGUACACAGAAUAGCACAAGCUUCCAUUUGCUGGGCAAUCUGCUGCCCCGAUAGGCAACAGCCAAAACGUCGUUUUAACAAAGUCGCACACAACACAGAAAUAGCUUCUGUAUAUCCGAUAUUCAUUAUAGGCAUAUAUUCGUAACAUGCAAAUAUGAGCAAGAGACAUAAUAGAUUUACCUCGUGAUAUCCAAUAAUCCACUAUAUCCUUGUUU